AAUGCUACAACCGAAGCGGUUUAUCUACACACAACUAUACCCUAAUCGACCUCACUGGAUGGCCGCCUUUCACCAUCUCCUCUACCCACAACAAGUUGACUGCUUUAGGCUGCGACACCCUGGUCUUUAUGUCUGACAGCGAAGGAAGAUUCGGAAGCGGGUGCCUAGCUUUCUGCAGUGAUCGUAAUGAUAUUGAAAAUGAUGGUUCUUGCUCUGGUUUCGGAUGCUGCCAGACCUCCGUCCCCAAGCACCUCAAAACGUUGAGCAUUGAGCUUACCAGCGUAGAUAAUCACAGUGGUGUUUUGGAUUUCAACCCCUGCAGUUAUGCUUUUGUGGCUGCAAAUUCCUACAACAUCUCGAAAAUUAACUUUCUAGGUUACAAAACUGAUGAAACCCCGUUGCCGCUUGCUGUGCUUGAAUGGGUGGUCGGAGAGGGAGACUGCCAAGCAAGUGAAGGUCAGUCAGGGUAUUCAUGCGGCCUUAAUGCUAGCUGCGCUUAUUCCGAGACUGGUGGUGGAUCUCGUUGUCAUUGCCAGCCAGGGUUUAACGGAAAUCCCUAUCUUCCACAAGGAUGCCAAGAUAUUGACGAGUGCAAAGACCCGAAAAGUUUUCCAUGCCAAGGUACUUGUCGGAAUACCAUUGGGAAUUACACAUGCGACUGCCCGCUUGGCAUGCGUGGUGACGGUAAAGUUGGCUGCAAAGGACUCCGACUAACCACCAUUGCAAUAGUGAUUGGAGGGGUAAUACUUGUUAUAAUUAUCACCAUCUUGAUUUUCAUUCUCUGUCAAAAGAGGAAGAAGGAGAAAUAUUUUAGAGAUAACGGAGGCGCCUGUUCCUCGGAGAAGGAGGCUUCGGUUCAGUCUACAAGGGAGUUUUAGGAGACAACAUCCUAGUUGCGGUUAAGAAGGCCAAAGAUGUGGACAAGGCAAGAAUGAACCAGGAAUUUCAACAUGAAAUCGGCGUUGUUUCUCAGGUUAACCAUAAGAAUGUUGUGAAGCUCUUAGGUCUGUGUUUGGAGACCAAAGUCCCAUUGUUGGUGUAUGAAUUCAUUUCACAUGGAACCCUCCACCAUCAUAUUCAUGGCAAGAGAUCACAAAUUUUAGGAUCAUGGAAGAAUCGUCUAAGGAUUGCUGCUGAGACUGCACUUGCACUUGACUAUUUGCAUUCUUUAGCAGACCCACCAAUCAUUCAUGGUGAUGUGAAGUCGAUGAAUAUACUGUUGGAUGAUCAUUACACAGCCAAAGUAUCUGAUUUUGGGGCUUCAGUUCUCAUCUCACCAAACCAAACUGGAAUAGGCUCCAAAAUACAAGG